AUGCGAGUUCUUCCAGAGGAAACUGAAUUUGCAAAGUUUCUAUUGGAUAUGGGAGAUGGCGUAUUAAAUGAUUCUAACGAUAAUAUACAACUUCCAAAUUGUUGUAUCGCACCCAUUAAUGCUGAUAUUGUACAAGAUAUAUAUGGUGAUUUGAUAAAAAAUAAAGAAUUCAAUAAAAUAGCAAAGUGUGCAAUACUUUCCGCACGAAAUGCUGAUGUAGAUGAAAUUAAUAAACGUGUUGUCGAAUUAUUAGAAACGUUUGAAGAACGAAUUUAUACAAGUACAGAUAGUACUGAAAACUGUGGUGAUAAUGGUGACAUUGGUGAAGCUUUACUACCAGAAUAUUUAAAUACUUUAUCACCGUCAUCUCUUCCACCUUAUGAAUUGCGUUUAAGACCAAAUUGUGUCAUUAUGUUGAUUAGAAAUCUUAGUAUCAAUGAAGGUCUUUGUAAUGGUACUAGAUUAAUGAUUAUAGCACUUGGCGACCAUUUAUUAAAAUGCAAAAUCUUAACAGCUUUUGCUAUGACAAUUAACAAAUCACAAGGACAGACAUUUGACAGAGUAGGAAUUGAUCUUCGCAAAGAUGUUUUUAAUCAUGGGCAACUUUAUGUUGCCUUUUCACGAAUACGUUCUUGGGAAGCAUUAAAAGUUUAUCUUGGUAGCCAGCGCGAUAAAAAACAAGUUAAAAAUUACGUCUAUAAAGAA